GAUAAUGACAGCCGGUAAAAGUGAAUGAGCAGCACGUGCACAUCUUCUUACCGCGGUUAAAUUCGCCAUUUAUCAUCAAGAAUUUUCAUCCACGACCCACGAUUCCUUCCCUCCCCAAAACCCUACCUUUUCUCUCUCUACAAUUUCUUCAUAUCUCAGUCUCUCUCUGUCUCUCAUAUAAAUUCUAUAUACUAGCAUUAUGAACGAAUAUACAGAAUCAUGCACGCUUCUCGGAACUGAUUGUUCACACUCGUCUCUCUCUAUCUCUCCCCGAAAAACUCCAAAAUCAAAGUUUCCUUUGGCGGUGAUUUGGUAGCUCCCUGCUGUUCUUAGGCUAGCCUAGCUAGCUCCGAGUCAACUCAGCCGGACUCGGUUCCCUACGUAACUCUCUUCUUAUUCUUCAUUACUGGAACACAACGCCGUGUUCAGAUUUUGGUGAUCAUAGAAAAAUGAAUCGCGAAUCACAAUCACCAUCAUUGGGGCGCCGAAGGCUUUCUUCAUUUACGGCUGUAUUCGCGGUCACAUCCUUGCUGCUAAUCAUUGGAAUCUAUACUACAGAUAAAAUAUUCGUGGAAUUCGGGUCAGUUUUAUCCGAGAAGAAAAGCUCGAACUUAAUCACUGGCCAGAACAUGGUUAUCUCUCUGAUAACUCAUCGCAAGCUGCUGAAUACUGAAAAGCGAAAGAGACAUGAUAGUGAAAAUGGUGUCGAGCCAAACAGAAUAUGGAGUGAUAACUGCUCGAAAUCAGACAUAGUUAUCAGCCAAGGCGCCACGGAGCCGCUGCCAAACGGGAUUCCGACGUACACGGUGGAGAUCAUCAACACCUGCAUCUCCGGCUGCGACAUCUCCGCCAUCCACCUCAGCUGCGGCUGGUUCAGCUCCGCCCGCCUCGUCAACCCACACGUCUUCAAGCGCCUCCGCUUCGACGACUGCCUCCUCAACGACGGCAAGCCGCUCCGUAACGGCCGGACACUCUCUUUCCAGUAUGCCAACACCUUCCGUUACGCCCUCUCCGUUUCCUCCGUUAGCUGCUGAUAGACACCUAACUUCUGACCCAGGAUAUAUAACAUAUGUAUAUACAGAGUAGACACAAAAAAAGUUAGGUGAAUUUUUGGGGCAUAUAUUCUCUCGUUGAUUUUGCAUUACGAAAAAACUUGUCUUUUCGUAAAAUUGUAAAUGGGAUUUUGUUUGGUUCAAGAUGGAUUAGUUUUUUGGAAGAUGAGAAGAGAUAUUGAGAAUUUAGAUGGGAUUUUGUUUGAGUGAGAGGUGACAGUGAAUUGUUUUCCUGCUCAUGCGUUGCAAAAGAAAUUCUAGUAUCUAAAGUUUCGAUAGUAUACAAUAAUUUGGAGUAUUUUAUUU